CCCCCUCCUUCCCGCGCGGCGGGUGGUAGCGGCCGCGGGCCGGGAGCGCGGCGGGGCUGGGAUGUGGCGGCAGCUGCGGGCGCUGAGGGAGUGCGGGCGGAGAUGGCAGCACCGCUCGGCCAUCCAGGUGACCAACGAGCCCAUCCUGGAGUUCAAGCCGGGCAGCCCCGAGCGAGCGGCGCUCCAGAAGGCCCUGGCUGACCUGAAGGGCAAGACUGAGGACAUCCCGUGUGUCAUCGGGGGGGAGGAGGUGUGGACCCCCACGGUGAGGUACCAGCUCUCGCCCUUUAACCAUGCACACAAGGUGGCCAAGUACUGCUAUGCCAGCAAGGAGCUCAUUAACAAGGCCAUCAACGCUGCCUUGGCAGCGAGGAAGGAAUGGGACCUGAAGCCUGUGCAGGACCGGGCGCAGAUCUUCCUGAAGGCGGCUGACAUGCUGAGCGGCCCGCGGCGGGCAGAAGUGCUGGCCAAGACCAUGAUCGGGCAGGGCAAGACCGUGAUCCAGGCGGAGAUCGACGCCGCUGCCGAGCUCAUCGACUUCUUCCGCUUCAACGCCAAGUACGCGCUGGAGCUGGAGCAGAGCCAGCCCCUGAGCGUGGACAUCAGCACCAACUCCAUGGUGUACCGGGGGCUGGAGGGGUUCGUGGCUGCCGUGUCCCCCUUCAACUUCACGGCCAUCGGGGGGAACCUGGCGGGGGCUCCGGCGCUGAUGGGGAACGUGGUGCUCUGGAAGCCCAGUGACACGGCCCUGCUCUCCAGCUACGCCGUCUACAGGAUCCUGCUGGAGGCAGGGCUGCCCCCCAACGUGGUGCAGUUCGUGCCCGCGGACGGCCCCGAGUUCGGGGACACCGUCACCAGCUCCGAGCACUUCUGCGGCCUCAACUUCACCGGCAGCGUGCCGACCUUCAAGCGCCUCUGGAAGCAGGUCUCGGAAAACCUGGAUCGCUACCGCAACUUCCCGCGCCUGGCCGGAGAGUGCGGCGGGAAGAACUUCCACGUAGUGCACAGCUCUGCCGACGUGGGCAGCGCCGUGAACGGGACGCUGCGCUCGGCGUUCGAGUUCGGCGGGCAGAAAUGCUCCGCCUGCUCGCGGCUCUACGCGCCCGCCGCGCUGUGGCCCCGCAUCAAAGAGAAGCUGCUGGAGGAGCACGGCAAGAUCAAAGUGGGAGAUCCCACCCAGGAUUUUGGGACGUUCUUCUCGGCGGUGAUCGAUGACAAGGCCUUUGCCCGGAUCCGGAGGUGGCUGGAGCACGCCCGGAGCUCCCCCAGCCUCACCGUCCUGGCGGGCGGCGGCUGCGACGACAGCGUCGGGUACUUCAUAGAGCCCUGCAUCGUGGAGAGCAGGGACCCCCGGGACCCCAUCAUGAGAGAGGAGAUUUUCGGGCCCAUCCUGACGGUGUUCGUGUACCCCGACGAUCGCUACAAGGAGGUGCUGGAGCUCAUCGACACCACCACCCCCUACGGCCUCACGGGGGCGAUCUUCGCCCAGGACAAGGCUGUCAUCGAGGAGUCCCGGAGGCUGCUCCGCAACGCCGCCGGCAACUUCUACAUCAACGACAAAUCCACGGGGGCCGUGGUGGCCCAGCAGCCCUUCGGGGGCUCCCGCAUCUCAGGCACCAACGACAAGCCCGGGGGUCCCCACUACCUCCUGCGCUGGACGUCCCCGCAGGCGGUCAAGGAGACGCACGUGCCGCUGCGGGACUGGCGCUACGCCUACAUGCAGUGACACGGGGACACCCCGCCACCCACGCAGCACUUAAACCACGCCUAACCCGCCCUGCUUAGGAGUUAUUUAAAAAACAAAAAGGAAAAAAAAAAGAAUUGUUAUUAAAUUGUAAAGCUCA